AUGUCUUUGGAGACUGCAGUUACGGACAUUCCAUCAGAGGACAAAACAACGAGCCAUGUGCUGAGUGACAUGGACCAAACCCGUCUUGGUUCACACAGCAGCGUCGCCAGCCCCCAGAUUUCCAGGACGGAGGAUGUAAAACAAACGAUAGAGGAACUGAAACUCAAAGUUACUGACACAGCACAAAUAAACAGGCUGCUGCAAUGCGAUAUGGAGGUUUUGGAAAAACGUGUUUUUAACCGCUACGCAAGCUCUGAAGUCAAAGCUGCUCGAACUGCACAGCAAGAUAUUGGUUCUGACCAGAUACACAUCGGUGAGAGCAGUCUCCGUCUGCACGGCAGAUUUUUGGGACUGCUUCAAUCUAAUACGCAGUAUUUGGCUGAUCUCGCCCACAGAUGCAGUCUUAGCGAGAUCGAUGAAUUUCUUGAAAUUUUGUGUUCAAACAUCUAUGGAAACCAGUUCAACCAGCACGAGGAACAGCUGUGGCUGUUGACAUUUUUGCAAGUUUUGGCCCGCCAAUUCGAGUCGACUCGUGAGUUCUCGUCCCUGUUGCGUUCUAACUCUGCUGCGCCCCGAAUGAUGACUUCCUUUGCUCAACGCAUUCCGGGGCAGUCCUAUCUGAGAGAAGUCCUUACGCCCAUGCUGGAGAAAGUUCUGGAGAUCGAGGAGAGCUUGGAUAUAGGCCCUUUGUCAAUUUUCAAUGAACUCAGGGAAGCUGGAGACGUAUCAUCUGACCCAUUCAAUCUGCAUGCUGCCGAAGAACACCCAGACUACGGUCGUAUCAAUGAAGUUGCUGAGAAACGGUACAGCAAACUCAAGGAGCUGAUUAUGACCCUAUUGCAGUCAAUCUUCUCAAGUGUCGAUCAAGUUCCAUAUGGGAUGCGGUGGAUUUCAAAACAGAUAGACCUUUUGGCACGACUACGCUUCCAACAGGCAUCUAAACAGCAGACCUCCUCCCUUCUAGUCGGAACGUUUUUCCUACGGUACAUCAACCCGGCGAUUCUCUUUCCGGAAAAGUACCUAGAGCUCAAAGCUCCUUUAACCGCAACGGCCAAACGAAAUCUUACGGUGCUUGCAAGAGUUAUCCAGAUGAUUGCGAAUCAGACGUCGCAGCAUAAGAAAAUCUUUAUUGUUAAUAUGAGGCCCUUUUUGCAGUCGUUGCAAGGAGGAAUAGCGAGUUUUUUCGAGAACUUGUGCAACGUUCCUGACUUUUUCCACUAUGAACAGUUGGACCAUUACCUCUCUUUUGUGUCAAGUGAUAAUCAAAUUAUUAUGAAGCCGAAAAAGCUUGAGAAUCUAAAGAAACUUGUCGCCAAGUAUCCGCCUCGUUCUGAAGCCCUUAAGCGCUCAUUUGAGGAUCUCGAAGAUUUGGAAGUGACCAGCGACCCUGUUAUGUUCAACCUAUCAUACGAGGUCGCGAAGGUGUGGUGGCCGAUCAAGUUUGAGCGCAGCGAAGAGUUAGCAGGGUUUUUGGUUGCCAAAUCUGUCUUGGUAGAUGGAUUCUGGGCAAAUGAGUCGUCAACAAGCCUAGCUCCUGAUGAGAUCAUUGCCAGUACCGCAAACUCUUAUAAAAGAGACGUUUACAAGGCAGCCAAGACAGCAUUCGAGGAAAUCAGAACUAAAGAGAAUCUUCUAAACGUCCUUCUAGACGAAGUCCAUCUAGAGGUUUUGCGUUUGGGCCCUUAUUCAGUUCACCUUGAUCAAGAAGUGCUCAAGCUUGAGCAUGCUCUCUCCGUGGCAAAGGAGAGAAACAUGUACCUCCGGACUCAAAUUAAAUUUCUCCAAAAGUACUUGAGAGCUUCCAAGCAUUCUAUGAAACAUCAUUCCCCGAUAACUAAUGUUGUUUUAUCGGCCAACGAGCUGCACAUGAACAAGAUUCUUCAAUAUUGGACCUUCGAGCCUCAUCUUUGGCCAAUGCUCUAUUUCCAACUGAGGAAAACAAAUCAUAAUUUCACACUAGCGCUACAUUUCCGCGAGCGUCUUCCUCCGUUGUUGACAUUCACAUUCACGUUACCUGACCUGUUGACCCUGGAGGAAGACACUAUCAACCUGCGCUGCUUAAAGCUAGCGCGAGUUCCGUUAAUCAACAUGCUGCAACGUAGGCUUUUAUAA